AUGGCAUACGUGUUUGGCCCGAGCUAUGUCUUGGCCAACUCCGAUCCCGAUUAUGCUUCCGGUUUCAUGUUCAUUGACCCCAUGCUCCCCACGCCGCUUUCUCUCCUGCUACUCCUCUGCAUCAACCUACUUUUCUUUCUUUGUGAUCUUAUAAACUUGGUGCGCCUCCGCGACGCUAUCGACUCGCGCAUAGCAGAGGAACAAGCGCGCCAAAAAUCCGCACAGGAUAAUCUCUCUCGCUCUAACUCCGCACGCCGCCCGGCCAAUCCUCCCCCGGGGCAACGGUCCCGCCCGCGACGCAACACUGGGACCCCAGUCCGAGGCCCUGACCCAAAAGAGUUCGAGGCAGAAUUCACGAUCGGCGAUGAUGAGUCCAGUCGGUCGGGCACGCCUCGUGUAGAGACACCUGACCCGGUCUCCGAAGUGGGCAGCUUGGCGGGUGACCGGACGGAGGAGACAGAGAGCCAGACCGCCCAUUCCUCAACUGAUGCGACAGAGAAGACCACUGAUACAGAGAAGGAGUCUGCUACACCCGCCACUGAGGAGACCAGUAAGUCCGGCCCAGCGGAGUUGCCAAUAGAGGUCAAGGCCAAGCUGCGCCGGUUAGACAAGUUGGAAUCACGAUACCAUGAACUUCUCAAAGCCUACCGCGUGGCGCACUCGCGCGUCCUCUCGAUCGAACCCUUCGAAGCUGCGCUGCGCGAGAAUACCCCUCUUACCUCGAUUGGCGAGCCCAAGGCUCUGACCGAGUACCUCAAUCAGAUGUCACUAAAGACCGAUAUGGUGAUGGAGGAAAUGAAGCGGGUUGCAAUCGAACGGGACGACUACAAAAAGAAAAUGAACGAGGCUGAAAAGUCCACGAAGGAAGCAUGGGAUGAAGUGGCCGGCCUUAAGGAGAAGGUCAAGGAAACUGCAUCCGCAGAAAAGAAGUCCGACGAAAAGCAGGAAACGAGCGAGGAGUUUUUCUCAUACGACAACGAGGUUCCUCGGCUGGAAGGCGAAUUGAAAGAGAAGCAAGAAGAAGUCGAUAGCCUCAAGUCCGAAGUCGAGCAGCUCAAGACCGAUCUUUCUGUGACCAGGGAAUCUACCGAGGGUAUGGUGCAGAACUUGGAAUUGGCCACCCGGGAACUGGUGGAGCUGCGAGACACCAAGGACAAGCUGAAUGCGAAGAUUGAAGGCCUGAAGACCUCGAAGCAGAGCGAUGUCGAUGAACUCAAAGCGAAACUUGCGACUGUCGAGUCUUCUCUCGAGAGUACCAAGGCCGAGGUCGAGAAGCUGAAGACAGAAGUGAAGGACAAAGGUAAUGAGAUUGAGAAGCUUCAAGCUCAAGCAUCCGAGGCCGACAAGGCAGGGAAGACCGAGGAUAACUCAGAGCUGGUUUCACAGCUGGAGGAGGCCAAGAAAGCAAAGGAGACCAGUGAGAAGCGCCUCGGUGUUCUGCAGGGUGUAGUCGAUGCAGUCAAGUCACAGCUUAAGGAAACCGAAAGCACCGUGUCAGCCCUCAAGGAGGAUAUCACCAGGAAGUCCGAAAGCAACGCUCAGCUCCAAAAUAUCAUCGACUUCUUGGACACCAACCUUCAGGACAACGAAGCCUGGAAGUCCUCCAAGGAGAAGGUUAGUGCUGGGAAGACCGCUGAUUUUGAGGAGAUCCGCAAGAGCCUCGCUCCCACCGAGAAGCCCGUUGAGCCUAGCACAGCUGCCCCUGAAGAAGAUUCACAACCGGUCGCAGCACCAUCUGCUGGUGGAGCUGCAGGCAAGAAGAAGAACAAGAAAAAGAAGAAGGGUGGAAAGGCGGCUGAGGAGCCGUCCAAGCCGGCCGAGACUACUCCUGAGCAGCCUCCAGCCGCGUCAGCUGCACCCUCCGCAUCCAUUGCGGAAAUGGAAGAGUUGAAGCAGAAGAUUGAGUCUCUCACUCAGCAACUCUCUGACAAAGAGAACGCUAUCGACCGCCUUAGUGCCAAGCUCAAGGGGGAGGAAGACCUCAAGGAGGAGAUCGAGUCUUUGCGUGAUGAUAUCGUCAAUGUUGGACAGGAACAUGUCGAGGCUAAGGAUAAGAUCAAGGAGCUUAAUGCUCAGAAGUCUGCGCUGGAAGAGACUAUCAGCAAGCUGGAAAAGGAGCUGAUUGAGCUGCGUACAAGCAGCGCCUCGACUUCCGCUGACUCGGAGAAGAUGCACACAUCUCUUAAAGAGGAGUUUGAGGGUCUCAAGGUCCGAGCUGCCACCUUAGAGACAGAUCUUUCGGCCGCUCAGCAGCUGGCUGCCACUCGGUUCAAAGACUUGACCGACCUGCGCGAAACCCUUCAAAAAGUUCAACCAGAGCUACGUAACCUUAGGGCUGAAUCUUCAGAACUGAAGACUUUGAAGGAAACCCUCACCAGCAAAGACAAAGAGCUUAGAGCCCUCGAGUCCAAGCAUGAGGAUCUGCGCGCGGAAUUGAAGAUCGCCAAGACCAAAAUCACAGAACGGGACGCAGAAGUAAACACCUUGAACAAGAAGGUUCGCCAAGAGACUGAUGGUCGUCUCAAAGCCGAGGAGAGUCUUAACGUCGCUCAAUCGGAUCUCCGAUCUUCGGAAUCAAGAAGACAGGACGCCAUUAACGCCAAGGAUAAAAAUAUGGGAGAUCUCACCAAGUCUCAAAACAACCUGAAGAGUGCUCGCACCAAGAUGCGUGAAAUGGAUGAACAAAUCUCUCAACUCAACAAAGAUCUUGCAGGUCUCCGAGAAGAGAUUAGCCUAAAAACCGCACAGCACACCAGUGCACAGAGUUUGAUGAAUAAUAUGCGUGACCAGACCGCCGAGAUGGCUAUGCAGAUGAAGGAAGCUCGCGAAAAAUGCGAAAGCCUGGAAGAAGAGCUUGGGGAAGCACACCGCCUCCUGAGCGAACGUACCCGCGAAGGCGAGACGAUGCGCCGUCUCCUCAAUGAUAUUGAGAGUCGCUCUGAGGCCAAGGUCCGAGACUUCAAGGAACGCAUGGAGGCCGCUAUCGAAGAAAGAGACCGUGCCGAAGACGAGGCCAGUACCCAGGGCCGCCGCCGCGCACGGGAGAUGGAAGAGUUGAAAGCCAAGGUGCGAGACGCCGAACGGGCUCUGCGCACUGCCGAACAAGACAAGGAGGAACUUGAGCACUCUCAAAAGGACUGGCGUCGUCGUCGUGACGAAUUAGAGCUUCUCUCAGAGCGGUCUACCCAAGAGGUCGAGGAAGUCAAGCAGGCCAUGGCCGGUCUGCGAGAAGCACUGGAUGAAAGUGAGAAACAAGUCCGUAGUCUGGAGAAGGAUAAAGCCGAGCUCCGCCGUUCUGUUGAAGAAACGAACAACCGACUUGAGAAGCUGCGCAAAUCACACAAGACUCUGGGUGAAGAUGUGCGUCUCCGUGGACUGGAGUCCGGUCGCCAGUCCUCUCGGUCAUCGAUUGAUUCUGGUUCAAGACGUGGCGUCGCCUCACCAUCCGGUCAGGACCGCAGUGUGUCUAGUCGUCGGAGCGAGACGCCCGCUGUUGGACCGAAUACCCAGUCAAUCGAUUACAUGUAUUUGAAGAACGUCUUGCUCCAGUUCCUAGAGCAAAAGGACAAGACCUACCAAAAGCAGUUGAUCCCUGUAUUGGGGAUGCUGCUCCAUUUUGAUCGAACGGACGAACAGAAGUGGAUGUCUGCCAUCAUGUCUAAGUGA